AAUCAGAAUAAAGUAAACAAGUUUAAAAAACAUUCCUUUUAAAUAGAGUGUACAGUUGGAACUAAAACUAGUCAUUAUUUUUUUUGAACCACUUACUUGUAAGGAUUAAAAUCUCCUGUAUUCCUUUAAUGACCAUGUCUGCAUUUCCUGAGGUUGUUGGUGAUUGAGAAACUUUAACCUCAUCGAGCCAAAUUGACAAGAAACAAAAUGUUAGGUUUCCGAAGGGAUUUUGCCUUCCAAAAUAUCCACACACGAAGAAAUUAAUUUGGUACACUUGGCAUUGUUACAGUAGUAAGUUGCCAUUCGCGAAUAAUUCUUUUUCGGACUGUUUCAUGAGACGUAUACUUUCGUUGCAAACGGGACCGCCGGUUCUUUUGAACUGCAAAUAACCGCGCUCAUAGUGCGCAGAACGAAGUAAUGAGAAAUUGCCGAAUCAUAUAGUUGUUUACUUUCGUCUGCUGAUUCUUUUCCAUUCAGCAUGGCAACAUUUUAGCGGCAGACGUUCUGAGUAUUUCCCAAUUUAGGAUUGAAAAAUACUGAAAAGAAUGGAUCCAAAACGCGUUGUACAGACUGUUUUCGAGUCGGGUACAACGUAGUAAGAGAAAUGAUUUAGAGUGGUGAACUUUUAAUUUGUGGUUUAGGUACCUCUGUACUUAUCUCAACAUUCUGUGAAAACAAAGCACUCGAUAUUAUAAAUUGUUGUUUAUCUGUACUUUUAUCAACAUUUUGUGAGCAAAGCACUCGAUACAACUGUGCUUUAAACUCGAUAUUUCACAACACUUAAUAUUCAGCUGCAACCUCGCCACUGUUGCUAUUUUUGUAGUGUUUUUAAACCUAUGGAUGUGAUUGUGGAUAUGUAUCUCCGAAUUCCAUACUUAGCAAGUAAAUUGUGAGCAUUGCGAGCAGCUAUAUCCAUGAGCACCUUACCUUCGUAACAUAGUCAGCUAAUUUCAAAAAGAUUGGUGUCUUGCUGACAUAGCAUUACGGAUCACUUCAAAAAUUCUUUGAACUUUGACAAUAUUUUAUAUAAUCUGAUUGAAUUUAAUCUUAAUAAUGGCUACUGCUGAUCUGACUUUUCACUUUCAGAAGAACUGACCUGGCUGAAAUCUUUAAUCAAGCAGUGUAACUUUGAGACCUUCGGAUGUAUAAUGUUGGUCGGUCCAGCUUUCUUGUUUCCUUUCUCAUCAUAUACAUCUCGGGGCCUUUUGUGACCCUGGUCAGGGCUGAUUGAAUAAGCAAACCUUGAAAAACCAGAAUAUAAUAUAAUAUUUUAUAAAAUUCAUAUUGUUGAUGAAUUAAGUUUAAUGCUCAUUUUUGUUAUCUCUUACCUUUGGAGAUACUCCAAGGUGGCUGGAGUCUUAGGAUGGUAAUCCAAGUUUAGGACAUAAUAGGUCAUAAAUACCAUCCCCAUGGCUUCUACAAAGCUUUUUGUGGAGGACACAAUAUGCAUGUCCACACUCAAGUGAUAUUUUUCUGCCUCAAAGAGGGUUUUCCCUAAAAACCAAUCAAAUUGUUUCAACAUCAUCAUUUCUCCUUUUUGUUUGCAGAUUAGAGAAGAGUAUUUAUUUCUGGACAUACCUUCAGCAAUCAGCCCAGGAUAAACACUAAGAUUGUCCUCAUUAGGAGUGUCUACACAGAAUUCCUUCAAAAAGAACUUCUUCAUGAUUUUGGUUGAUGAGCUCUCUCUGAUUCCUAAAAGUGAGAGUCAUACUGUUUUCAAUCUCAUCUUUCUUCCAACGUGAUGGCCUUGUGUCUUGGUACUUCUAUUUGAUGUCCAUCCUCAUUUUAUUGGGCGCGCCUCAACAAGUGACGUUUUGCUUUAAUUGCUAGUGUUGUGGUGAGAGGCACCCUUUCUCCGCGUCAUUUAUUUAUGGUCAGAACUCACUUGUUGCUCGCAUUUCUCCUCGGUACUGCCUCCCAUCAAUUAUGGUAUACAUCUUGCUGAACUAUAAAUUCCCUCUUUGCUCCAUUUGGUUUGCUUUUUCCAAGGAUUAAUUUCUGCUUGACUGUUUCUUUGUUUUUCCCUGUGGUGUAUUUCUGCUAUAAUGGGUGUGUCUAUUGAUGUUUGGAGAGCAUCUAUUGGCACAUUUUGUCCUCUUAGAGUGUGUAAAAAGAAGACAUGCUACACAAAGGUCAAAAUUAAGAAGACAAAAGUGAACCUUGCAUUUUGGUUUGCUGUUCUGGCACUACUCUUAGUAAUUGGAAAUGUUGAAACCAACCCAGGUCCUGAAUACCAGUGCAGGCAUUGCAACAAAAUCUCCAAUUCAUUAAGAGCUAAUUCUUCUCAUCAGAGAAAUGCCCAUUCAAUGGACAGCAAGUAUGUUUUUUACUGUGCUGCUUCCUCAUGUACUAAGGAAAUAUUUUUGUCCUAUAAAGCGUUAUAUCAUCAUGUCUGGUACAGGCAUCUUAGUGUUAGAGAAGAAGAAAUAGCCAACAGGGACAUCAAUGUUCUUGAACAAAGCCUUUGUACUUCUGAAGGUUGUCCUGUCUCCUUACCCUCUUUGCGUGCCUUAUGCCAUCAUCUCAUAAAUGAUCACGGAAAAAAAGAUGAGAGGAUAGUAUGUCCCUUUCAAGACUGCGGACGUGGACCUUUCAAAUUGACCUCCUUCAGAACCCACCUUAAUGACUACCACAAAGGUUGGAAAAAUGUUGAACCUGCAGAACAAAGGCCACUAGGUAUCGAAGAAAAUAUUUUUGAAGACUUUCCAGACCACGGUAUGGACAACCAAGAACAAGAAACUGUGAUUGAUUGGUCUGAAGAUAAUUAUAUGAGUGCAGAUGAUGAUGAUGCCGAAGAUAAUGAUAUCCAUGCAAUGGCACAAAAUUUCUUCCACCAGGUGGCAAAAUUUUAUUUAAAGAUGGAAACUGAAUGCAUGCUGGCAGCAUCGUCAGUUCAAACCAUGUCUACUAGCCUUGCCCACCUCCAACGACUAAACUUGGCUAUCAUAAAAAAAGUGUUGCUAAAUGAGUUGCAGGACCUGGAUAUAAGUAAGGAAAGAAUGGAUUCUAUUGUCACAAAUAUUUUGUAUGCUGACAAAAUGUUUUGUGUACAUGUCAAGGAAGCCCCGGGACCUACCCUAUCUACAAGAAAGCUAAGACUUGCGUAUUACAAGAAGCAUUUCUGUUACGUCAAACCUGUUGAAAUUAAUUUAUCUCUUGAUCCAACAUCUCCAAAAACUAUCCAUGUUGUUUCUAUUAGAAAAACUUUGAAUGAAUUAGUGAAAUGUGAGUCUGUGAAACGCCAAAUCAACCAGAGUUUUGAGGCACAAGCUCGUGGCGAAAGAGAUGAAGAUAUUUUUAAGGAUUAUAGAGAUGGAAUGGUAUACCAACGAAGUGAAUCAGCCAAGAAAAAAACAAUCGACCUUAUAAUAUUUCAAGAUGCUUUCAACGCUACCAAAGAUUUAGGAUCAACCGCUGACAAGUAUGACACAUUAGGCAUGUACUUUGUAAUUGGAAACAUGCACCCUCACAUCAGAUCUAAACUUAAGUCGAUGCAGCUUGUGAUGCUUAUUCCUAAAUUUAAGGAAAUGUACAAAACUUUCAAAGAUAAGUGCUUCCAGCAUGUUAUUAAUGAGCUUAAGGAUCUGGAGACAAAUGGUAUUCUUUUUUGUGGUGAAAUCAUACCAGUAGUUCUACAAUUUCUUGUUGGUGACAACAAGGGACAGAACCAAAUUGGUGGUUUUGUAGAAUCGUUUACAGCUUUAAAUUACUGUCGGUUUUGCCCAAUGGGUAGGGACCAAAUUCGAGAAACUCCUUGGGCUGUGGGACCUCUUCGUUCUAAGGAAAGCUUCAAUGAAGACUUACGGCUUUUUAGAGAAGCAAAAGCAGAAGGAAGUGACAUUGAGCAUAUGCGGGGUGUGAAGACUGACUGUUGUUUCAAUAAUUGCCUUCAAGAGUUUAACUCUAUGGAUCCUCGCCUUUGCCCAUGCAUUGCUCAUGAUGUUUUUGAAGCUAUAAUUAAUGAGUAUGAUUUUUUUCCUAUCAUUGAAAGUCUUGUUGAAAGAGGCUGGUUUACUAUAAGGGGCCUCAACAAACUUAUCCAGAAAUUUAAGUACAGUCCUCAAGACAUCAAGAACAAACCAGUAAAAGUCAGAGCAUCAAAACUUGGCGGUCACGCAGUUCAGAACUGGACUCUUUUGAGGUUGUUUCCUCUGAUUAUUGGCAAGGAAAGGAUUUUGGAUGCAGCAGAUUCUCAUUGGCAACUCUAUUUAAAACUAAAAGAAAUAUGUGAGUAUAUUUGUGCCCCAUCGUACACAGCCCAGCUAGUUGCUGAUAUGAAAGGACUUAUUUACGAAUAUAUGCAGGAGAGGCAAGAAGUGCUUGGAACGCUUCCAAAACCAAAGCACCAUUUUGUGAGUCAUUAUGCUGAUCUUGUUGUAUUGAUGGGGCCAAUUAUUCACCUCUUCACAAUGCGGUUUGAAAGUGCCCAUAGUUUCUUUAAAAGAGUUGCUCGAACCUGUAAAAAUUUUAUUAACAUUGGUUUGACUAUGAGCGAGAAAGCAGCCCUGUACUUCUGUUAUCUCUCAACUGGAACCUUUAUUGAUGAGGGAUUUUUAGUUCAAGACAAACAACCCUUAAACAAAAGUAAAUAUGGAAAAGAAAUAGAAGAUUAUCUCAUUCAUCUUAACUUGUCAGCUCAUACUAAAGAGAUCACAUCUGCUAGAGUUGACUCUGUCGAAUUCAAAAAAGGAUGCUGGAUUUUGUUAGGAAAUGCUGAAGAGAAUGAUAAUGAGAUAGUUAUUGGUCAUACUCAAUGCCUUCUAUUUGAAAAUGGUGAAGUUAAAAUAUUGUUUUCUACACAUAGAGCUACAUUAUGGGAUGAAUAUGGCCUAUAUACGAUUGAUUCUAAGUGCUUGAACUACAAAUGCAUGCCUGUAAAAGAUUUGAGCUAUCCAAUAAGUCAAUCUGUUUACAACUUCUAUGGCAAACAAUGCUUUUCUUUAAAGCAUAUACUUUCUACAUCCGUACCUAAAGAAUAAUACUCCGACUUCUUCUAACAAAAGUAAACCAUUAUACAAGAGACAGAACUAGUCUUCUAAGGACACAGAUCAGCAGAUUGAUGUAUAUUGAGUAAGAUUCAUUGUUUUCAGUAUUUGUUCACUUUACUAUCUGAAACGGCUUUUCUCGACUUCAUCUAACGAUUGUUUUGAGCCGUAACCUAAACAAUUGAGUCUUGCACAUGCUGCUAACUGGUCAAAGUCCUUGUACGGGAAAUUAUGCAAAGGACAGGAGUUAAGUUGCGUUCUUUAACUAAAUUAAAUUAUUUCCAAUUUUACACCAAGUCUGGGAAAGACCACCCACUUGUGCUCAUUGUGGCUUUGCCCCUAAUGUUAUACCAAUUUCAAACAGCCUGACAAUGCAUCUGGACAUCUGUAAUGAGGAAAGAAGCUGCAUUUUAAGUUGACAUCUUAUUAAUACUGUACCUAUGACGUAUACAUACAAGUUUAAGUCAAUCAAUAAUUUACAUAUACUGUAACAGUCCAGCUGUUGCCUAUUUAAGCUGUGAACCAAGUCUGUACUAUUUUAAAUCCCAACCUGGCUGGCAAUCGACAAGAAGAUAUAA